AGUCAGUUUACGGCAAUCUGGAGUUUAAAUGGUAACGUUAAACUUCACUUUUCCUCAUAGAUCCUUUAAUUAUUUCGUAGCACAAGCGUAAAUCCACCUUUGAUUAAUAUUUAUUUCACAUUAAACUCGAACAAGAGUUUGAAGUGACGGAAACACCGAAGUCUGCUUCAAAUGGUCAAACAAGUUCUUCGUUGAACUGCUCCUCUCAGUGUGAAAGAUGAACAAGAUUUCUGUGGGAGAUAAAGCUGCUUCAAGCAGGCUGAACCACUGGGUGGAUCCGUCCUUCACUGAUUUUCCUGGAGAAAGCUUUUCCCUGUCUGGAAGAAGAAAGGGCAGCCAGGUGUUGGGCUCCAAGGCUGAGCCCAAGAGGCCCCGGAAGAGAAAAGGAGAGGCUGGCAGGUCAAACCCUCACACGUUGUCCUACCUGCUGAAAGAGUCAGCCCAGCGGGACCAGGAUGAGCCCUGGGUGGACAGAUAUUCCCCCCGUUCACAGCUCAGAUAGCUUUUAUCCAGGACGUGGGUCAGAUGUUACAGAGGAGACUCUCCGGCAGAUUAAAACUGGAGGCUCUGACAGACAAAGAACCAGGCCAGCUGGAGACAGACACUGAGGAGGAGAAAGAGAAAGAGGAAGGUCAGGGUGCGGCUGAGGAGGGUCUGUUGGGCAGUCAGCCCCAACCUACUACAAACCAAGUCCUUUUGGAGGAGGAGGACCUGAUCAUAGAGGAAUAUACCAGUGACUAACACACACAGCCCUGUCAUACAUCUACUGCCAUACUGUUACACUGUUAAAUGACAGUCCUUUCAGGAUUUCACAGGCUAAUUUUGUAAUUGUUGCAGCCAAAAAUACCUGAUCUCACAGCAGCUUUUCUAAAGAAUUGAGAUGCAGUAUAAAAUUGCUAGUAGUUUGGUGACGUAUUGCUGAACGUUUUACGCAGGGGACUGCUAUGAUUGGUGAAACUCGCUGGAAUGAUUUGAAUCCAUUAAGAAUUCACAGGGAUUGGUUGAAUUUGCAUUUAUUGUUGCAGUCACAUCAUUGCAACUGCCUGGAGGGACUGAAAUGAGUUCUGAGAUUCAUUUUUGACAUGUGAAGGAACACAUUACUUGUUACUGUUAAAAAAGAAUUCCAUAUAAAUUCAACUUACUUAAAUUGUAAGAUUGAUCCCACAACUCAAAUAAUUAUCCACAUGACCUUAUGUUGCUGACUCUGGUAAUAGUUUAGUAAUUUUUGCCUCAUUGAGGUGUCAUUUGUACAAGAUAUGAUCAUUUUUCAAACAAGCUUGUUGCCUUGUAGAACCUGAAUUGAAUGUGUAGCUUUUCAAAAGCUCCAAAUACAAUAGAAGCAUGAUGGGAAUCUCCUCAGAUGACCCAGUUCAAAUUUUGUCAGUAUGUAUUUGUUUUUGUACUUAACAUCUUUUUGUUUUGCUGAGUGAUCAACCUGUAAUGAAGAACUGUCAAGGAAUAAGCUUGGCCAUUAACUGACAUUUUUUUUGUUUCACUGUUUUCUAUGGAGAGAAAAUAAUAAAUAGUACAUUGAAUGCUUAUUGAGAGAUACCAAACCUAAAUAAGUUUGUGAAUAAAAACAGUGUGUGAAAAGCCGA